AUGAUGUCGGAGGCACCACCGGAGCGCCCCGAGAUGCGGCCCGAGAUGCACGUCGAGAUGCACGUCGAGAGCAACAGCGGCCACGGGGCUCCGAUCGAAGAAGGAUCUUCGAAGAUGGUCCAGCCCACACAGCAGCAGCCCCAACAGCAGCAACAGCAACAGCCACACGGAUCUAUGAUGGUAGAUCCGCAAGAACAGGGCGAGGGCGUAAGUUAACCAAAAAUGAUUUGGGAGAAGAUCAUGUUUCCUUGUUAGUUGGACAAUUGGCCGGUGGACGACCGACUAAAGCGAAUGAUCGUGGAUCUUCAGCGGCAAUGGGUCACUGAUUAUCAACAUUCUCGAGAGAAAGUACUUGUGGAAGUGACGGAAAAGGUAGCAGCUCAUUUAUGCUUAUAUUUUUGAAUUAGAAGGUGAAAAAUCCAGGCGAGAUAGUGAAUGAGAAAAUGUUUAUUUUUUCGAAGUUUUUUAAAAAGUUCAUUUCAAGAGUGAGAGAAAGAUUGUGUCAGAAAUUUUCCUUCGAUUGUGUUGAAUCAAAGUUCUGAAAAAUUUUUAAAGCUUAAGUAAAUAACUUUGAAAAACUAUUUUUUUGCUUUAAAUUCUAAAUAUUGUUCAUAAACUUCAAUAUAGAAUUCCGGAGUAACUUAAAUCAAUUACCAACAACUUUUUAUGAUUUUCAUGUGCGAAUUUUCGAAGAUUCUGUGUGGAAAACUAAAGCCCAAUCUGCCUUUAACUGUUGUAAAUCGAGAGGAACUUUCAAAUUAAUCUCAUUUUGCGAACUUAAGGUCUUAAUUUUACAAAUUUAUGAUUCAUUUCGAAUUUAAAACCUCACCUCUCCUUCCAAACUUCCCUCGAUCAAAAUAAAGAGCGAUACGAAUUUCAGCUGCAUCAAGAAUUUCUGGCGGAUCAGCAGAAAAUCCGAACCGAACUUUUGUCCCAGUUCAAGGAGGAACUCGACCAAACGAGGUUUUUCUCUCGAAUCUUAACAGAUUUAUUGAAUAAAUUCAGGACCGAGUUGGAGACCAAGUACCGGGAAUCUCUGAAGAUGGAGAUGAACAAAAUGGCCGAAAAGUACAAGCGAGAUCUGGCCGCCGCCAAGAAGAAGCAAUGGUGUUGGCAGUGUGAAAAUGAGGUUUCGUUAUAUAAUUUUGAACUUUUAAGUAAAUUUAGGUGUUACUAUCAACUGUUUCGAUUAGGUGAUAGCAAUAUAAAAUGCAUUUAUUUUUGUUGGUUUUUGUGGCUAUUUACUCUGAUUCAUUGGAAACUGUUAAAUAACCAGGAAUUUCAAAAAGUUCGAAAAUAAAUUUGUAGCCCAGGUAAUAUCGAAGCGUUUCAAUUUUGCGACUGUUAUUUUGAAGCAAAUCUUAAAAUUAUUUUCAUUUUUGAAAUCGGUAUUGAGAAGGUCCACUAGUUAGUAUUUACUGAAGUAGUUACAUUGGGAACUUUUUAAAUUUGUUGCUUGAAUUUUAUUAUUUAAUGGCGCAAGUAUAUAAGUAAUAAAACAUUUAGAGUUUCUGCAAGUGUCGGUGAGGAUUUCUAUAAACCCUGAAAUUCAGGUUUUUGCGAGAGCCUUUUGUAAUAAUAAUGUCCUUCCGCGCCAGCUUCUCACGUUUUUCUUUCUGCUAAAAAGAUCGUAUACCAAAUUUUAUCAAAUUUGACCAAUUUAGUUUCGCGAAAUUCGGUUUUUCUGGAGAGUUCCGAGCGAGACGGUCACGUUAUUGUAGAAAAAAAAAAAGGAAAAAAGGCUACCCUAAAAACAGCUUUCUCAGCAAUUCUGCUUUUAAAAAAAGGUCUUGAAGCGAAGUUGGUCAAAUUUGAUCUGGCCUUUUGGCGGAAAUAAAAACGUGACAUGAUGGCGCGGAAUGGCCUAUACGUUUUUUUCUGCCGAAACUAUCGUGUGCCUAAUCAAAUUUGACCCAACUUCGCUAGACCUUUUUUUUCGCUGUAUUCGUAAAUAUCUUUCGCGUCAUUUUUAUGUACAGAUGACGGUGAACCUUUAAUAUGACUGCAUUUUUUGACUUCUCUUUCUAUUUUUAUAGCAAAAAAGAUCAAAAAUCAUCCCGCACGAUAAAACAGCGACGCGAAAAGAGACUGUGUCAGCAGGGUUAGCUAGUUGACAUUUAAAAUCUGAACAGACUAUAUUCAUGAUAGAGUUUUUUUGCUGUUUCUUUCAAUACGUGAUCGUCUCGCGCGGAACGCACUUUAUUUUCAUGCUUCUCUGACCUUGCCGGACGAAAACGUUUUGAAAACUGUCAAGUCGCGACGGACGGACUAUAGACUUUUUUUUUGAGUUUCGAAUAAAACUCUCUGAAAUGGAUCCUUAUUCUAGGCGAUCUACCAUUGCUGCUGGAACACGGCCUACUGCAGCGUCGAAUGCCAACAAGGCCAUUGGCAGACGCAUCGGAAGUUCUGCCGCCGCAAGAAGGGCAACGCCACGGCGCCCGGAUAA